AUGUCAAUCGCUCAGCCGACAAACUACGCCACAGCCAGCAAUGUGUUCUCAUGCGAGACCGAAUCAGGUCCUUCAAUUGCAACGCUUGCAGAGGGCCUGGUUAUGGAUGAUGUGAAAAAUCUUUUUAGAGAUAAUAUAGAGGAACUCUAUGAUCUCUGGGUGCCUAUGGCGCAAAAGUCUACGCUGCCAUUCGUUAUGGCAUCCGAUGACCCGCGCAUCGUCCAAGAACUUCAUAAUUUAGUAAAAGAGGCCGAGAGCACAAAUAUAUCGAACUCGAGAGUCGCUUCGGUUCAGCUCACACGACUAAUGAAUUACCUGGAGAGUCGGAUAAAACAUGACCGUCGAAGUCGCAAGGUUGUCUUGAAGAGAAGAGCUGACAGCAUCGUGACGGACAUGUUUGCCAGUACUCUAGGUUCGUCCGCAGGCGGGCCUGUUGUUCGGCGUCGCGCGUUUUGGGGCCGUCGUUUCCAUAAGCGGCGAGCAAUUAUCGCGGGAUCAGUGCCAGUCCUUCUUGUUACUUAUACAGACAAAGCAGAACGCAUUAUGUGA